UCGCUUUGGCUGCGCGCGCAGACCCUGCACCUGGCGGUGGCUGCUCUGCGCUCCUUGUCACCAGGACAACCGGCCCCGCCGCAGCUCGUUUGCCAUGGUUUUCUCAAACAGUGAUGAAGCCCCCAUUAACAAAAAGUUACCCAAAGAACUUCUGUUAAGAAUAUUUUCCUUCUUGGAUAUUGUCACUCUGUGCCGAUGUGCGCAAGUUUCCAAGGCAUGGAAUGUCUUGGCUCUGGAUGGAAGUAACUGGCAAAGAAUAGAUCUUUUUAACUUUCAGACAGAUAUAGAGGGUCGUGUGGUGGAAAAUAUUUCCAAAAGGUGUGGUGGGUUCCUGAGACAGCUUAGUUUAAGAGGAUGUCUUGGUGUUGGAGACUCUGCUUUGAAGACAUUUGCACAGAACUGUAGAAAUAUUGAACAUUUAAAUCUAAAUGGAUGUACAAAAAUUACUGACAGCACGUGUUAUAGCCUUAGCAAAUUCUGUUCCAAGCUGAAACAUCUGGAUCUGACAUCCUGUGUAUCUAUUACAAACAGCUCUUUGAAAGGUUUAAGUGAGGGUUGCAGAAAUCUGGAACAUUUGAAUCUUUCCUGGUGUGAUCAGAUUACGAAGGAUGGUAUUGAAGCACUGGUGAAAGGGUGCAGUGGACUAAAAGCACUAUUUCUUAGAGGUUGCACACAGUUGGAAGAUGAAGCACUGAAACACAUUCAAAAUCACUGUCAUGAACUUGUAAUCCUGAACUUGCAGUCAUGCACACAAAUUUCAGAUGAAGGCAUUGUAAAAAUUUGUAGAGGAUGCCACAAACUUCAGUCACUGUGUGUUUCUGGUUGUAGCAACCUUACAGAUGCUUCUCUCACAGCACUUGGUCUAAACUGUCCGAGAUUGAAGAUUUUGGAAGCUGCAAGAUGUUCCCACCUGACAGAUGGAGGUUUUACACUUUUAGCACGGAAUUGCCAUGAACUGGAAAAGAUGGACUUAGAAGAGUGCAUUCUGAUAACAGAUAACACAUUGAUACAACUUUCUGUUCACUGUCCUAAACUGCAAGCAUUGAGCUUAUCUCACUGUGAACUGAUCACAGAUGAUGGGAUUCUGCAUCUGAGCAACAGUACCUGUGGUCAUGAAAGGCUCCAGGUCUUAGAGUUAGACAACUGUCUUCUUAUCACUGAUGUGACCCUGGAGCACCUAGAGAACUGCCACAGUUUGGAGAGAAUUGAGUUAUAUGACUGUCAGCAAGUCACACGCGCAGGAAUCAAAAGAAUAAGAGCUCAUUUACCUGAUGUGAAAGUUCAUGCCUACUUUGCUCCAGUUACCCCUCCUCCUUCUGUAGGAGGUAGUCGACAGCGACUCUGCAGGUGCUGCAUUAUUCUUUGACAGUAGGAGCAUCAGCAGAGGAAGAAAGAUUCAUUUAAUUAUGGAAACAAUCAGACUGCAAGUGGUUUGCAGAGUGUCAGUUUUUUAACUGCUGUAGGAGUGAUGUCACAGUCAUCCAAUUUUGUGCUGGUACUGACUCAAGAAAGGUGUUUUCGCAGGUAAAAAAUCUUAAUGUUACAUGUGGAUGUGGAGUAACCGAUGCUUUUUUUUUUUUGUAUUACAUCUACUCCACCAUCCCUGCUGUUGAUAUGACAAUCAUAGUACCAUUUGCUAAUGUGGACUGGGGUAUUGCAGAGUUGUAGAUGCUCAGUGGCAGCCCCAAAACUGUAAGCCUCACUAAACCUGAAUAUUAGUUCCUAUUUGUAAGUAUUCUUCAGUGUAAAAAAAAAAAAUAUUCAGGGUCUCUUAAGCAUGAGAGUCCAAACUGCUGUUGUACAAUACACAUAACCAAUUACAUCACCAGGUUUAAGGACAAAUCAGCUUUAGCAGAAGUUGACCAAAAAAGGGACAGUAAUAAUGAAAAAUAGCUUCCUAUUUUGCUACAGCUUUAUUUAAUUUCUACAAAAACUCCCAACAUGUAAAGAGGUAGUAGACCUCUUGAAAACUAUUUAAUUUGAACUUUGUUAUAUUCAAAAGAACUCAAAUUGAUGAAUGGUCUGUAUAGAAUAUUUCUCUUAAGUGUUACCAAGUAGGUUAGGAUAAGAAAGGUCUGGCAGUUUGUGCCCUGUACACAAAAGGUCUUUUUAUAUGCCCUAGCUGAGUAGGUAGAGCUGUUUACUAUAGUGGCUGAAAGAAUAUGUAUGGUACUUAUACUUCCCCUCAUUGCCAUGGUAUUUAAUAUAUUUAACUAAAAUCUAUAAAAAAGGCAGUAAUACCCCUCAGAGCUGUUUAGGGCUAAUUUGCCAUGAGACAGAGCAAGGAAUUGAAUCCUGGGCUCCUGCAUCCCAGGCCAAUACCCUAACCAAUGAGCUGAGUGGUUAUCAAUCGGGGGUCCUAGACAAUUCGGAUUUCCAAAGGGGUCUGCAAAUGAAAAACUCCUGGGCUAAGUAAUUUGACCUGGUUGAGCAGAUUGAGACCCUGAACAAGCAGUGGUUUCUGUUCCCUUAAAAACUGAAGCCAAACUUUUCAGAAACUGAGAGCAUUCAACAUGACAAUUACAUUAAUACCUUAAUUUUUUAAAAUCUGGUAGGGUGACAUCAGUAGAGACAGGAUUUCAGCUGUAGAUUUAAGCCUUCUACAAAGGAGAGUGAAAUCUGAAUGUAAAACCACAAGUCUAAGGGGGAGCUACAUUUUUAUAUUAAGCCACCUAAAUAAAUGGUUGGUGUGCUCAGUCUCUGUGUACUCAGUUAGUUAGGUACCCAGGCUCAACAGUAACCCUUUAAAGGAAAAUAUCUUGGGCUUAAAAAAGACUGGUCAACUGAUAUAGUGUUUAAAUCCUGGAAAUAUUGCCUUACUAUUAUGGGGAAUGUUUAAGUUGUUGGCAAAACAUAACUGGAUGCAGAUGACAGUGUGUACGUUUACACCAUACCCUUAAAACUGAUCUUAAUCUGGAAUGUUUAGAACCACAUGUUUCAAAAAGUUAAUGUGAAAAUGUAAGGCAGCUUUUUACAGCUGCAGCUCUGCAAACUUAAGAUACUGAACAUAGCUGAAAAUCUAUAUGAAUACAGUAUAAAGACCUAGUAUUAAACUUUGGUGGUUCAGCUUUGUAGCAACAGCAAAAAUUCCAGGAUUAACUUUCAUAUUACAAAUAUACUUGUAUUACCAAGAUUCUCACUUAGAAAUUUGGAUUUAUACAGUUUUCUUAGCAGAACAUUGGGGAAGACCAAAAUUAAAUGUGAACUCAAUGCAACUUGUCAGAAUGAGUAGUUGUAUGUUGCCUUAGGUUUGGCUCAUUUUUGUGGAUAUUAUUGUGAGGCUUUUAUGGCAUUAAAGUUGUACAAAAACCAAAAUUUAACACAUGCCUACACUAAGAAAAAUUAUAUAGGAAACACAUAAUUUUUGAAAUCAGUGAAAUAGAAGUUCAAGUAAAUAUCAUUUAAGGAGCACUGCAAGCCAUUACUAUUUUACUCUCUAAAAAAGUAUGUUUUUUGUCAACCUGAAACUGAGUUUUUUCAAUUUUUCUAAUAUAUUGCUGGGGGGGAGCAGAAUUAUCUGCUCUGAAAUGCAUUGCUCUUACUAACAACGUUAAUUCUAUUUUAGAGGAAAAAUAAGAAGCACAUUUACAAAAUUAUUGAAAAACAUUUAUUAUACGUAAAUUGAAAUGUGUACAUCUUAAAACAAAAGCCAUUUGCUGGUGCCAUAAUUUAAUUCCAAUUUCAAGUGAGCUGGACAAACAACUAUACAGUUCCUUUAAAAUGAGAUCACUAGUUGGAUACUUUCCAAUCAAGGAUUUUUCCACUUUUAUAAAACAUUUGGGAUUUGAAAAUGGUGCUGAGGCAAAAUGACAAUUGUCAGUUCAAUAAACUAUUAAGACUCAACCAAUACCAAAAGAUGAACAAUUUACAGGCAGAAGAAACUCAAACUUAAGUCCACAAAAUUCCAUUUUAUCAGUGUAGAAAAACAUUUAAGUUCACAGAAUUGCUAGACCUUUAGAAAGGCUCUCUUGGUAAGCACUUUAAAGAAGAAAUUAAAUAAUAUCAAAGUAGCAUUUUGCAUGCUGCAGUAGUUUUUUCUCUAUAAAUGAUUUUGCACUACAGCAUUCAAAACUUUCAAAUUGAUGGGGGAUACUGAGAGUUAAAGGGGAAUUUUUUGUCUUUGAAAAAUCUUCCCCAGAGUACCUAAUUAAUAUACUACUACCCCCAUAUAACACACUGUGAUACAAAGCAGGUAAAGCUCCGACACACGGAUCGGGGGGGGGGGGAGGGGGCAGGAGCUGUGGGAGGGCACUGUUGGGGGCCCUGGCAAGGGAAGCUGAGCAGGCUAGGGCUGCAUCACUGUUUCCCACCACAGGUGAAAUGCCAGUGGGGGUGGGGCAAUCCUUUCCCCAACCUUCCCACACUCACCUGGAGCAGAACAGGCUGCUCCACUGCCCAUGAGUGCCAGGGGUGUGUGUGUGUGUCAGGGAACGGGGCCAAAGCAAGUUUGAUAUAACACGGUGAUUUUUUUUUGUUUUUUCUCCCGAGGACUGCAUUAUAUCAGGGUAGAGAUGUAAUUCAUACCAUAAACUCUAAGUGGACAUUAAUAUUAAAUGUUUGAAUUUCACUGCCAUAGAUUUGACAAUUUCAAGGAAAAACUCAUCUUUUGAAAUAAGCAAUGAGAUUUUUCAAAAUCAAGUAUUUGGUCAUAUUGAAGAGGCAGUGUAAAAAAAAAAAAGUACAGAAUCAAUCUGAGAAUAAGGAAAUCACAGAAAAAGUCAAGAUACCUGCCCAUAAAGAGAAUAAGUGAUUGUAUAUUUAGUGUUUCUUGAGCAACGUAAUUGACAGUACUUAAAGCUGUGUUGUAGCCCCUUCAUGCCAAAUUUCUCUGUUAGCACAAUUCUCGCCCUCCCUCCUCAAUCAUCAUUACUGGCAGUUUAAUGUUUUUAACCCCACCAUUUUAGAAAGCAAAAAAAAACCCACAGCAGUGCUUCUUAGAGAAACUAGAAA